UAAACAGGAGGUCAUCACAAACAUGGCGUGGAGAGGAUGUGUGAUGAAAUGGGCAAAAACAGAGUUCGUCAGCCCUCGGAACACAACUUCACGAAGCUGCAGACUUAGUUUCUACAACCAACAGAGGUGUGGUUUCCGUCGGGAAGCCAAAAGGCCGGAUACAAAGAAAGGCAAUGUCAGCCAAGAAACAAACCCUUCACCCCCUGAAGCUGGCACACCAGGUCCCCCACCUCCUCCCAAAGCCCCCAGACCAACACUCUUCAAACCGCUGAUGUUCACAGUAGGGUUUACAGGUUGCUCCUUUGGUGUGGCUGCCAUUCUGCAAUAUGAGACCCUGAAGUCAAGAGUUCAGACUGCAAAGCAUGAAGAGGAGUCAGAAAAGUUCUUACAGGGGUCCCAGGACAUGGCGUACUGGCAUGACUGGUGGAACCAGCUGUCAGGCCUCCAGCAACAGCUCAUCCUCCUGAUGUCCAUGGCGGAUGACUUCUGGAGCAGCCUCACAGAGGGACAGAGGACUGUCACAGGUAUUAUUGCAGUAAAUGCUGUGGUCCUGUGUUUGUGGCGGAUCCCUGCAAUGCAAAGACGCAUGAUUAAGUACUUCACGUCCAACCCAGCCUCCAAAACACGCUGUGUUCCCAUGAUCCUGUCCUCCUUCAGCCACUACUCCAUCAUCCACAUGGUGGCCAACAUGUAUGUCCUGUGGACAUUCUCCUCGGGAAUCGUCUCUCUCUUGGGGAAGGAGCAGUUUCUUGCAGUCUACCUGUCUGCCGGUGUGAUUUCCACUAUGGUUAGCUACAUGUGUAAAACAGCCUCUGGACGUCUCUAUCCAUCAUUAGGAGCGUCAGGUGCUGUCAUGGCAAUCCUGGCCGCAGUCUGUGCAAAGGUGCCAGAGGCCAAACUAGGCAUAAUAUUCCUCCCCGUGGUGACUUUCACAGCAGGAAAUGCUCUGAAAGCACUCGUUGCCAUAGAUACAGCAGGGCUCAUACUGGGAUGGCGGAUAUUUGACCACGCAGCUCACCUUGGUGGAGCCCUUUUUGGAGUAUGGUAUGUGGCAUACGGUCACAAACUCAUUUGGAGGAAGAGGGAACCCCUUGUGAAGCUGUGGCAUGACAUGCGCUCUCGAGGUGCAGGUGGAUCCCGGCCUGGAGGCGCGCCUGGGGUCGAUGGUGGUAGUGGAGGACCCGGACCACAAUAAAACUCAGUUACCUCAGAAUAUGCAAGGACACUUUUAUCCACUGAGAUGGAAUGGGAUGUUGUUGAUUAUCAAUAAAUAUAGUUUUUCAUUCAAGUUUAGUAAUGAGCAUAAGCUGAUUUAAUGGUACGCAGAGACCUGAAAUUUGAAGAACAGGGCAGAGUUCACAUUUGAUGUCGCAAUCCAGAUGUUUACUGUGUGGGCUGAUACAUCUGCUGCCCUACAAGAAACAAAAUACUACAAAAUAUCAUCACUCUCAUAUCUCUCUGAAGAUGUUUAACCUUCAGCCUUCAUGUCAGUUUUUUCAUGGUCAUGUUAUAGAAAGAAACUGUAUCAGCUCGGACAGAAGAAUCAGAAUGUUGAUCCAAUCCAAGGAUAAAAUCAGUUGCUGAAUUAAAUGUAAUAUACAGUCCUGUGGGCUGGUCUUAUGUUGCUAUUAAAACUUGAGUAUCAAAGA